GCAGCGGCUGCGUGCUCUGCCAGAGCGGUGGUGCGCGGCGGCAGGAGACGAGCUGCCCUCGCUUCUCCUAAAUUUAAAUUUUAAAUUUAAUUUUAAAACUUUAAUUUUAUUUUUUUUUAUUGUUAUUAUUAUUCGCUGUUACUAGUUUCCCAGCUGCGGGCGCUGCCGCCCGGGAUGGGGCACCGCGGUGCCCGAGGAGCGCUGGGCGGCGGCGGGCGAGCGGCGUCCCGGAGCGGGCUGUGAGCCGCGGCAGCACCGCCGGCAGCAACAGGAAUAUCUCCGAGGCUUCCUGAAAUCAUGUCAAUAGGAUCACAUUCAUUCUCCCCAGGAGGUCCUAAUGGGAUUAUUAGAAGCCAGUCCUUCGCUGGCUUCAGCGGGCUUCAGGAAAGAAGGUCCAGGUGUAACUCCUUUAUUGAAAAUUCCUCUGCGCUCAAGAAGCCCCAAGCAAAGGUGAAGAAAAUGCAUAAUUUGGGCCAUAAGAACAGCACCACGCCCAAAGAACCUCAGCCUAAAAGAAUGGAAGAGGUCUACCGAGCCCUGAAGAGUGGCCUGGAUGAGUAUCUGGAAGUUCACCAGACAGAGCUGGAUAAGCUGACUACUCAGUUAAAAGACAUGAAAAGGAACUCACGCCUGGGAGUCCUGUACGAUUUAGAUAAGCAAAUCAAAGCGGUCGAGAGAUACAUGAGAAGGCUGGAGUUCCACAUUAGCAAGGUGGAUGAGCUUUACGAAGCCUAUUGUAUCCAAAGACGCCUCUGUGAUGGUGCCAGCAAAAUGAAGCAAGCUUUUGCAAUGUCUCCUGCCAGCAAAGCAGCUCGAGAGAGUUUGACUGAAAUCAACAGGAGCUACAAGGAGUACACAGAGAACAUGUGUACCAUAGAAGCAGAGCUGGAAAACCUAUUGGGGGAGUUUUGCAUCAAGAUGAAAGGUCUGGCUGGCUUCGCUCGGCUCUGCCCAGGAGAUCAAUACGAGAUUUUCAUGCGUUACGGUCGCCAGCGAUGGAAACUGAAAGGCAAAAUAGAAGUGAAUGGCAAGCAAAGCUGGGACGGAGAGGAGAUGGUUUUCCUCCCUCUCAUUGUUGGACUGAUCUCCAUUAAGGUCACAGAAGUUAAAGGACUUGCUACUCAUAUCCUUGUGGGAAGUGUAACCUGUGAGACAAAAGACCUGUUUGCAGCUCGGCCUCAGGUGGUUGCAGUAGACAUUAAUGACCUUGGCACAGUAAAGCUGAACCUUGAGAUCACCUGGUACCCUUUUGAUGUUGAAGACUUGACCCCAUCCACAGGAAAUGUGAGCAAGGCAUCUGCUCUCCAGAGGAGAAUGUCCAUGUACAGCCAAGGCACUCCUGAAACACCAACCUUCAAGGACCACUCAUUCUUUAAAUGGCUGCAUCCCCUGCAAGACAGGCCAAAGUUGACAAUCUUAGAUGCUCUUCAAGACACUUUCUUUGACAAGCUUCGUCGCAGUCGCUCUUUUAGUGACCUGCCAUCGCUCAGGCUAAGCCCAAAAGCAGGGCUAGAGCUAUAUUCGAAUUUGCCAGAUGAUGUCUUUGAAAAUGGGACAGUGGCCACUGAGAAGCGGCCUCUCUCCUUCACUUUUGGUGACCUGCCUUACGAAGAUGCCGUGCCCCCUGCCAACUCAGCAGAGUCCUCGUCUGCUCGUGUCAGCUCCAGCCCUGACAUCACUGCGACCCCCACCCAGCACCGAGCCCUCGAGUCCUCCCAGAGCUCAAGCCUAGACUGCAGCAGCAGCGACUCCCACAGAGACCCUGUUGCUGAGCCAAAGGACCUGCCAUCCCACGGAGAGGGAGCAGUGGCUGAGAACAAGAACACCCCAAGGGCAGCUCCUGAAGUUUGCCAAAAAAUCUCUGAUGCUGGGAGCGAUCGUGUCUUUGUAGAAACAAGUGUCCCGGUGUCUCUCCUGCAGGACACGGAUGAAGGUUCAGAACUCAAGCCCGUGGAGCUGGAUACCUAUGAGGGCAACAUCACAAAGCAGCUGGUCAAAAGGCUUACAUCAGCAGAGACACCCCUGGCCCCAGAGAGGCUGCUGUGUGAGGGAUCCAUUAGUGGGGAAUCAGAAGGAUAUAAGUCUUAUCUCGAUGGAAGCAUUGAGGAAGCCUUGCAAGGGCUUCUCUUAGCUCUUGAGCCACAUAAAGAGCAGUAUAAAGAGUUUCAGGACCUGGAUCAAGAAGUGAUGCAUCUAGAUGACAUCCUAAAAUGCAAGCCAGCAGUAAGCCGAAGCAGGUCCUCCAGUUUAAGUCUAACAGUUGAAAGUGCUUUAGAAAGCUUUGAUUUCCUGAACACCUCUGACUUUGAUGAUGAGGAUGGUGGUGGUGUGGAGGUUUGUAAUGGUGGAGGAGGUGCAGACUCGGUAUUUUCAGAUACUGAGAUUGAGAAGAAUAGUUACAGGACGGAGCACCCAGAAGCCAGAGGCCACCUGAGCGAAGCUCUCACCGAGGACACGGGCGUGGGCACCAGCGUGGCUGGCAGCCCUCUGCCCCUGACCACAGGCAACGACAGCCUCGAUAUAACCAUAGUUAAGCACUUGCAGUAUUGCACCCAGCUCAUUCAGCAAAUUGUGUUCUCCAGUAAAACACCAUUCGUGACAAGAGACCUCCUGGAUAAGCUGUCCAGGCAGAUCCUUGUGGUGGAGAAUAUUGCAGAGAUCAGCACUGAGAACUUGGGAAACAUCACCUCUCUUACUGAUGCAAUUCCAGAGUUCCACAAGAAGCUGUCACUGCUGGCUUUCUGGAUGAAGUGUACUGGCCCUUCAGGAGUGUAUCACACCUCUGCAGACAAGAUGAUGAAGCAGCUGGAUAUCAAUUUUGCCACCACUGUGAAUGAAGAGUGUCCAGGACUUGCAGAAACAGUCUUUAGGAUCCUGGUGUCUCAGAUCCUGGACCGGACGGAGCCUGUCCUCUACUCCAGCAUGUCCUCUGAGACCAUUACUGUCUUUCAGUAUUACAACUACUUUGCCAGCCACAGUGUCAAUGACCUUGGAAGCUAUUUGCUACAGCUUGCAAAAGAAGCAUCUGUGGUUCAGGUGCUGCAGUCGGUGAAAGAUGGAAAACUGCAGCAAAAUGUGUCCAAAAUAAACUCCAAUAACCUUCCACCACAGCAGGAAGUUUUGAGAGCUUUGGCUUUACUUCUCAAUGAAAAUAAAAAUGAAGUCAGUGAGACUGUGGCAUCGCUUCUGACAGCAACUGCAGAAAACAGGCACUUCAGGGAGAAGCUAUCUUCCACACUUCAGCAUUUCUGCUGCCCUGUCUCAGACUUGGCUUCAGUCCAAGGCUUCAAGGCCUUGAUUUAUUACUGUGAAGCACUAACCCAGCCCAACCUCCAGCUGCAGAAAGCAGCUUGCUUGGCUCUAAGAUACCUCAAGGCUACUGAGAGCAUUAAAAUGCUGGUCACGCUCUGCCAGUCUGACAAUGAAGAGAUCAGAAAAGUGGCGUCCGAAACCCUACUCUCCCUUGGUGAAGAUGGGAGACUGGCAUAUGAACAGCUGGACAAAUUUCCCCGGGAAUUUGUUAAAGUUGGAAGCCGCCGUGGAACUGAAGCUGCCACAACUUUUUAGAUUGAAAAGAACCUGCUAAUAUUUAAUAGUCAUUAAAGUAGGGUGGAGCUGCACUUCAGUGUGGGGAGCAGAAGAAAGACUUUGAAGAAUUCUAUGAGAAUGUUCCCAAAUGUAGCAAUUUACAGACUUCUUAAAGAAAAGCAAAAUCUAAAAACCAGAUUAAGGGUUCCUAUUGGCUCCUCAUUGCAGCUCAUGAUGGAACAGCUGGAUGCUGAGGAACAAUACUUUCUUUACUGGUUCUAAACAAAUAAAGAAAUUGCAGUUAUUCAGCCUCAACAGACUUCUGUGAGGUUUUUAGAAUUUGGCAUCUCCACGUAUUUUCCUAUUGUAUUUACUUCCUUGAAGUUGUCGUGAAAGCUUGAGAUGUGCGAUACCAUAUCUAACAAGGACAAUCGGGAGGCCACCUGAGCAGGACUGCAAAGCAGCUUUCCCGAACCCCAAGUGAAGUGUCUGCUGCCAUGCAGUGCCCCCAGCAACACUCCAGUGGCAGGAAACGCUGCUCAGCUUUCUCAGUUGAGUCUUGGUAAUGAAAUACAGGGAAAGUUCUACAAGGCUUGCCUCGAGAAACAGCUGAUGUAAAACCUAGGAGGCGUCACUUUGGUGACUCAUUCUAAAUGCCUCCACUGGUCUUUUAUUCCCUUCUCUUGCCCUCCAGCAAGAAACCAUCAUUAAUCCAGCUAUUCAUGAGGGGGAUCAAACAAUCAUGUAGGUUUCUGAAAACUAAAUGAAAAGGUAAAGAGCAUUUAUUUAUUCUGAGAAGAAGGAGUGAAUACAGCUAAUUGCACGGGUCCCCAAAACCAUUUUGUCCUGCAAGUUGCAGGCAGAAUUAGAUUUCAUACAUUCUAAUUAGUGGAGCAUAGUUUCUAUAGAGUGAUUUCAAUAUAAAGAACAGAACAAACUAAGUGGACCUCGGAGGCAGUAAUAAACAGAGGGGGAAGUGAAUGCACCUCCCCUCCCUGCACUGCAAGGAUUAAAGACAGGGAGUGCUUCAAACUCUUGAUUACGAGCCUUAAGUUAACAGAGGAGGUGAAUAGAAUUUAACAGAAGAGUGUUCCUGUACUGUGUUCAUUAUGCAUGAAAUGCUAUUUAGAUGUCAAUUGAAGUAUCCAAAUUUGCAUAGACGACAUAGAAAAUAUUGCAAACAGUUCACAUCAAAAGGAAACCUUGUGAGCCAAACACUUUGGCAGGCAGGGGUCAUUUUGUUUUGUUUUUUUUACUGUGAAUGUUACAAGAAUGUACAUAUCUGUAUAUUUAUAAAUAUAUAUAUUCUUCCUUUAAUUAAAGAAGUACAUUUUGUACAGUGCAAAAUGCUUACUUGUUUACUGAUGGAUAUAAACUCUUUUUGCAGAAGGUGAAAUAGCCAUGUUAUGGUUUUUAUACUACACCUGUCCCAUCAGCUGAAUUCUUUCAAGGUGUCCUUUUGUAUCUACUUUUUUUUAAAUUUUUUUUUCUUUUAGUUUUGUGGCAUUUGUACUCACCAUAUUUCCUAUCACAUUUAAGUUAUAAUAAAGAUUAUUUUUUAAUUACUAAGCA